AUGGCGGAGCAGUUAUGUCUCAACCUAGAACCAAGUUGGAUGGACCCUCUUGUCAGUUAUUUGAAGGAUGGCAGGCUACCAAAAAGUGACUUAGAGGCCCGUGAGCUAAAAAGAAGGGCCCAGAAGUUUAUACUAAUCAACGAGGAGUUGUAUAAGAGAUCCUUCACCCAACCACUCUUGAGGUGUGUGAGGCCACGCAAAGCUAACUAUGUUUUAAGAGAGAUCCAUGAGGGAAUAUGUGGGAGUCACAUAGGAGCUCGGACUCUCUAUCAGAAAGCCUUUCGACAAGGGUACUACUGGCUAACUAUGGUGUCUGAUGCAGAGCAGUUGGUUAAGAAAUGUGAAAGAUGCCAACGGGUUUCUAACCUGAUUCAUGUUCCUAGUGCCAUGCUCACCCACCUGGUUCAGCCAUGCCCCUUCGCCCAAUGGGGGAUUGACAUCCUAGAUAAUAGGACCCAGUUUACAGAUCGAACGGUCAAGGAAUGGUGUCAGGAGUUGGGGAUCAAGCAGCAUUUCACCUCGGCAGACGAAAGGUGGGUGGACGAGUUACUGAGCAUCCUUUGGUCUUAUCGGACCACGAGGAGGGGGUCCACCGGGGAGACCCCAUUCAGCUUAUGCUACGGCUCAAAAGCCCUUAUUCCAGUAGAGAUCGGGAUCCCAACUUUCAGAGUGGAGCAUUUUGACCCAAAGUCCAAUGAGCAAGGCUUGAGGAAUAACUUAGAUACAGUGGAGGAGCUUCGGGACGAAGCAAGGGUCCGCUAG